AUCACAAUCAAACCUUUGAGCUUCCUCCUAGCUUCGAUAUAGAUUCAUGCUUCACCGGAUAAGCAUGAAGAGGAACAACAACAAUCCUCAAACGAACAAGAAUAAGUAUGUCUGUCUUAAAACGGCGUCGCAUCCAGCAAAAAGCAUCGCUAAAGCUACUCUGUUCCUCGUCACCUCUCUCUUCAUAUCUGCUGGUCUCUUAGACUUAUUGGGUUGUUUCGAUUUCACAACUUUUGCAGGUCUGAAGCAAGUAACAACAACUAUCAGAAAAUCACCAAUCACAAACCAAAGAUUCCCUAACCAAUGCGUCGUCGUAAAGAACCAAACUCAAUUAUUUCCCCAAGAUGGCUCCUCGAGAAACAACAACAACAAACCCAGAAGCAGCCAUUCACGACCAUCCACGUGUCCUUCUUACUUCCGUUGGAUCCACGAAGAUCUACGGCCAUGGAAAGAGACAGGUAUAACGAGAGGGAUGCUUGAGAAAGCAAGGAGGACGGCGCAUUUCAGGGUAGUAAUCCUCGACGGGAGAGUGUACGUUAAGAAGUACAGAGACUCAAUCCAGACUAGAGAUGUUUUCACUCUGUGGGGCAUCGUACAGUUGCUACGGUGGUACCCAGGUAGACUGCCAGAUCUUGAGCUCAUGUUUGACCCAGAUGAUAGACCAACCGUCCGAUCUAAAGACUUUCAAGGUCAACAGCACCCGGCCCCGCCUCCUUUAUUCCGUUAUUGCUCUGAUGACGCCAGCUUGGAUAUCGUCUUCCCUGAUUGGUCCUUCUGGGGCUGGGCUGAGGUUAAUAUAAAGCCUUGGGCUAAAUCGCUAGUGGCGAUAGAAGAAGGGAACAAGAUGACGCAAUGGAAAGACCGCGUGGCGUAUGCUUAUUGGAGAGGAAACCCUAACGUGGCUCCAACUAGAAGAGAUCUUCUUAGAUGUAAUGUCUCAGCUCAAGAAGAUUGGAACACACGUCUCUACAUUCAGGAUUGGGAUAGAGAAUCUAGAGAAGGAUUCAAGAAUUCAAACCUAGAGAACCAGUGCACCCACAGGUACAAGAUUUAUAUAGAAGGAUGGGCAUGGUCAGUGAGUGAGAAAUAUAUAAUGGCAUGUGAUUCAAUGACAUUAUACGUGAGACCUAUGUUCUAUGAUUUUUACAUACGAGGAAUGAUGCCAUUACAACAUUAUUGGCCAAUCAGAGACAACUCUAAGUGUACUUCCCUCAAAUUCGCCGUACAUUGGGGAAAUACUCAUUUGGACCAGGCGAGUAAGAUAGGAGAAGAAGGGAGUAGGUUUAUUAGAGAGGAAGUGAAAAUGGAAUAUGUGUAUGACUACAUGUUCCAUUUGAUGAACGAGUAUGCAAAACUUUUGAAGUUUAAACCGGAGAUUCCGUGGGGAGCCACCGAGAUUACGCCGGAUAGUAUGGGCUGCCCGGAGACGGGACGGUGGAGAGAAUUCAUGGCGGAGUCUAUGGUGAUGUUUCCUAGUGAAGAGUCUCCUUGUGAGAUGCUUACUCCUUUUAACCCUCAGGAUUUAAGAGAGGUUCUUGAGAGAAAAGCUAAUUUGACUCGUCAAGUUGAGUUGUGGGAAGAUCAGUAUUUUCAUGAAUUGGCUAUUAACAAGAAGCCUUGACCAAAGAGGCUCUUGUUUAGUUUAGUUUUGUAUUCAUAUUGAAAUUAGUAAACGAGUAAUUUUUUCUUUCCAGCUAACUAUGUUAAAUGUGUUGAAAUGAAUUUUCAGGUUAUAC